CAGCAUUGACAGGUGCAUUUCUUACUACGUGAAAGGGAAUCCAAAAAAACUUCCAUCCCCAGUGGUCGGAACUGUAGAAUUUGUUCGGAGAUUAUAGGGUUGCACUGGACAAUAAUCUGUGCAAAAUUUCUUGAAGAUAUAUUAUACAUACAUAUGUAUAGUCAAAUAAAAAAUUUUUCCCUACGAGCACUUAAUUUUGAGCAGUCAGUUUGUUUUGCAGCUAUAUCAUAUAGAGGUCUGAUAUUGGCGGUUUGGGCAAACGAUCGGGUGAGAAAACGAUGUGCACAAAUUUCAGUUCAAUAUCUAAAAAAUGAGGGACUAGUUUGCAUAAAUACAGACGGACACGGCUAAAUCUACUCAGCUGAUCACACCGAUCAUUUUUAUAUGCACUGCAUACCCUAUGUAGGGUAUCAAAGUAAAAAAAAAAAUUGUCGCCAAAUUUGAACAAAUAAUGCAAAAACCGAUAUGAAACGAAAAAUAUACAUAUGUAUGUAUGUAUGUGGCCGCACCAACAAUGUGUAAGUAGUAAAUUUGCUCCGUACAUGCAUUCUAUCGUUCUUGAGAUUAGCGUCUGUCUGGCAAAGAACCUACAUACAUACAUACUAACAUACAUACAUACAAACAUACAAAAUGCAAAACAACGUACCAUCAAAAAAUUCGAAAUUUAGUUACUAUUGUUUACGAUUCACUACAUCAUAUUAUAUAUACAUAUGUAUCAUAAACUUUUAAGCUUCCGUUGACCAAUAUAUCCAAUAUCUAACCAUUUUAUAACCAAAACAUACAUUUUGUUUCAAUAUGAGUGGUUUCUAUUAUAUCGUUUUUACUUCACUUGUAAACUUAUGAAAAGUGGUGUUACGUUAUUUUGCACUUUAGGUGUUGAUAUGUAGAUAUGUGUAUAUAUGCUUAGACUACAACUAUGUGUAUGUAGUAAAUUUGCACCAAACAUGCACUCUAUCGUUCUUGAGAUUUGUGUCAGUGAUCUGUGAAUCUACACAUAAGUAUGCAUAUAUGCUUAGAUUGAUAAGGCUUCAUUAAAGACUUCAGAAAUUUUAAGAGCAUUAUUAAGUAGAGACGGUAGUUUGUGUAACAAUUAGAAAUGUAUGCAAUAAAUGUUGGUGGUGAGGGAAACGAAAUUGAUUUGAAUAAGGAAUAUUCACCCACAAAGAAUUCAAAGCGUUUUUUAGAAGCCGGCGAGCCUGAUAAAGCAGUAAUCGAGCAUUUUUUAAAGGUCACAACGAAACAAACUGAGUCCGCACGCGCAAAAUAUAAAGUACGCCGCGAUGUUUCUUAUGGAAAGAGCUUUAAUCCCAAUAUAAAUACAGUAGAUAACCAAAUUGUAGACAUAUAUUAUAAGGAUACGGAAAAUGGCACACCUAUUUUCGUUUAUAUACACGGUGGCUACUGGCAAGAAUUGGAUAAUAGUACUUCUGGUUCUUUCGUAGAACCUUUAGUGGAACAAGGUUUUCGUGUAAUUGCAGUUGAUUACAAUUUAUGCCCCUCCGUGUCACUCGCCACACUUAACGAACAAUUAAAACACUUCUUUGAAUGGUUGUACGCAUAUGCAAGCGAUACCAAAGCCAGUAAAAUAUCAAUAAGUGGUCAUUCAGCCGGUGCCUACAUGAUGACGCUAUUGUUCAAUAACAGCUUACUAAAAUUACCAUUUGCUGACAAUACCGUGUCGUUUUUCUUGAUCAGUGGCGUUUUUGACUUACGUGAAUUAUGGAAUUUGCCAAGCGUUAAUCCGGCGAACAUAUUGAACUUAGAUUUAGUAAGCGCCGAAGAACUCUCACCAAUUUGUUGGAAACUGGAUGAAGAAUUCAUCGAGUUAGCGAAACAAAUAAAAUUACGUAUUCACGUUUUAGUGGCGGAAAAUGACAGUGAAACAUUUAAAGGACAGUCUCUAGCAUUCGCAAAGAAAUUAAGUGAGACUGGUCUAGAAAUCGUAUUUAAAAUAUUUGAGGGAUAUGAUCAUUUUGAUAUAAUAGAAAAUGUGCCCGUCAAAGGAUCAGAGAUAAAUACAUACUUAUUAAAAAAUUUAGUGUAGUAAAUAACUAAGGUCGAAGUAGAAUGGAAAAUUUCAGAAUCAAAACAAAAUGAAAUUAAAAGUUAGUGCAGCAACAUUUAAGUAAAAUUAUAUAAAAAUUAAAGAAAUUUAAUUUUAAAAUUAUUUACUGAAAUCUAGUAUUUAAUAUUCUACUACAUUAACGCUAUAAUAUACUGUUUACAUUAUCAUUCCGAAUUAUCGUAAAAUUUUUAUACUGUGAAACUUAGAA